AUGACAUUGAUCCAGUUGUACACCCAGCAGGCCGACGGCUUCGACCGGAAGGAUGCACUGGCCAUCGCAGCAGAGGUUGGACGGAGAACCGUUCAAACAGUACAGCAGUGGGAGCGGGAUUUCAUCGCCCACGGACGCAUAAAAAAACCUGACACAGGUCGCUUCAAGCGCAGGUUUUUGCUGGAGCUCGACGAAGGCGUCUUCAAGCUCGCGAAAGGCUGGGUGCUCGAGAACUGCGGGAUACUCAGUGGGCAAGCCAAUAAAACGGCGGAGGAUUUCCGCAAGUGGGUGAACAGCACCAUCAUGCCGAUGCUGGAGGAGCAGGAAAAGGACGGCAUCAACGCUUUCCAUGGAUUGAGAGUAAAGCUGGUGGAAGUGAAGGAGAACGAGCCGCCAAAGCGCCAAAUCUCCCUUUCUACGGCAACGGAGUGGCUGAAGAAGAUGGGAUGCGAAUACCACGACGGCAAAAAGGGGCUGUACUUCGAUGGCCACGACGACAAGAAGACCCUUGAAUAUCGGCACGACGAGUUCCUCCCGGCGCUGUUCGACACCCGCGACUACAUGGAGGUAUGGAUUCCGAUGGGCAAGGAUGAAGCGAUCGUCUGGGGUGUUGACGUCGAGACGGUGGAUGAGACCGAGCGCUUGCCGGAUGGUGGUGUUUGCGUUUGUGUCGAUAAUCUCGAGUCUGCGCUGGCAGACUUGCCCGAAGACCUGCAAGCCAGAGUGCAGAGCAAGAAAACCUACCCUGACGGGAGGCGGGCCAUGCUUCUCUACCAGGACGAGAGCAUAUUUCGAGUUUAG